AUGGAGACGUGCAUCAGAGCCGGUUCCAGGCUGUGCCGUCUGCUCUUGCCCAACAUCUUUGCCUCUUCCCCCGGUUUAAUGAAGACACGCCAGCCGGAGUCAGCUAGUGUUGGUGCUGAAUGCCCACAUCUGCGCCUGUGCAAUCUGCUCCUUGGAGCUUUUGCCACCAAAAUCUUUGCUUCAUCAACCUGUUCGCUGAUCAAGACGUUACGGCAGCUUGUUCAUCCAUCACUCGUGGCGGCGGCACCGAUUGCAGGCAGCGAAGUGUCGCGGCUGCCACAGGACAUCCUGAUGGACAUCUUUGCUCUUCUGGAGAUCCCUGACCUCGUGCGUGCAGGAUCAGUCUGCGCCUCGUGGCGUGCCGCCUGCACAAGCCUGUGCAGCACUGAACAUUGCUGCAAGCUGCAGCAGACACCGUGCCUCCUGUACACCUCUGAAUCCCUCGGCGACAGGGCCAUAGGCCUCUACAGCCUCGCCGAGAAGAAGGCCUACACACUGGCUCUCCCCGACCCGCCUAUCCGGAGUAGGGAGAUCAUCGGCUCCUCCUACGGCUGGAUAAUCACUGCAGACGAGAGGUCCGAGCUGCAGCUUGUCAACCCCAUCACCGGUGAUCAGAUUGCGCUGCCAUCGGUCACCACCAUCGAGCAGGUGCGGCCGGUAUAUGAUGACGAGGGCACCCUUUGCAACUACGAGUACUCCUGGUACACUGCACGUAAAUGGGUCUCGGUCUCGAGCAACACAUCAAUCCUUGACCUCAACAAGCUGCGGGAUAAACUGUUCUACAAGGCCUUUCUGUCCUCGGAUCCAUCCACGGGGGACUACUUCGUGGUGCUCAUCCACAACCCACAUAAGCAGCUCUCGUUUGCGAGGUCCGGGGACGAGGAGUGGACAUGGUUGCCACCACACACUUUCUAUGAAGACUGCCAAUUUCAGGGUGCACUGCUGUAUGCCACCACUGCAAACGGAGAAAUCCAUGCAUUCGAUCUUGGUGCCCCUGCAUUUGUGGCGAAGAUAGUUCUGAACAGGGUGAAGCGUUCUAUCUCCGACAGGAUUUACAUGGUUCAAGCUCCAUCUGGUGAAGUGCUGCAAAUUAGGAGAAUCACUACUGGAUCUGGAGAACAGUUUAAUGAGUUACCCUUAAAGACCGACACUAUUGAAGUACAUAAAGUGGACCUUACAUCGGAAAAGCUUCUAGUUGAGGUAGAUACCUUGGGUGAGAAUGUGUUGUUUAUUGGGCGUAGCCAAUCACUUUGCCUUUGUGUCAAAGAAUAUCCACAACUGAAGCCAAAUCAUGCCUACUUUACAGAAGAUAACUCUCUGAGUGUCACGAGCUUCAAGCAUCUUAUGCGUGAUAUGGGAGAAUUUGACCUGGAAAAUAAUAGGAACAUGGAAAUUGUAUCCCCUCAGCUUUGGUCCAACUCUCCGACCCCUGUGUGGCUGGUUCCAAAUCCCAGGAGAAUGAGUUUGGCGCCGCACAAUUAG